AUUUUGGUCAGGUGACUUUAAGGAGGAAUUGAACGCUCAGUGGUGCAGGAAAUGUAGCUCGAAUUUUGCUUCAUUUUCGUUUCAGUCAUGCACUGUAACGGAAUAUGUAAUUUAUUAAAGGCGUGGAUUAUUUACGUCACUGUUUUGUUGAAUCAUGGAUUCGGGGGUAAAAUGAAAAUUGUAGAAGAACCAAACACAUUUGGGCUGAAUAAUCCUUUUCUGAAUCAGGGAAGCAGACUGCAGCCUAAAGUAACUCCAUCUCCUGUGUCUGGGCCUGCACACCUUCACCGGCUGGCUGGAAAGUGCUUCAGUCUCACAGAGUCAACGUAUAAAUAUGAAUUCUGUCCCUUUCACAACGUCACCCAGCACGAGGAGUCGUUUAGAUGGAAUGCUUACAGUGGGAUACUGGGCAUCUGGCAGGAGUGGGAGAUAGCGAACAACACUUUCACAGGCAUGUGGAUGAGAGAGGGAGAUACAUGUGGGACCAGAAACAGAGAAACAAAGGUUGUUCUCGUCUGCGGCAUGAGCAGUAAACUAUCUCAAGUGUCAGAGCCCAACACCUGUCUGUACGUGAUGACCUUCGAGACCCCACUCGUCUGCCAUCCACAUUCCCUGUUAGUGUACCCAAUGCUGAGCGAGAAGCUGCAGCUGGAAUGGGAUGAAGCGGCACAGGCUCGCUAUGAAGAUCUCAUCACGGAGCAGGGAUACAGUGGUCUUCUGAAGGAUAUUUUUGAGCAUGCUGGAUUGCUGAAGAGCCAGACAGUGAAAGUGAAGAUACCUGUCGUAGCAGCUGAAUCGGACGUGCACAACUCUUUACAGAAGUGCACGGAGGAUUUCCAGAAGCAGAGUGAAGAGCUUGAGAGACUGCGCGCUCUACUUACACAACACAAUAUUCCUCUGGACGCGAAGCCAAAUGAAGUGAAAGGUGCACUCAGCGUGACUGUUACAGACGGACACCUACGAGGCGACAACGGCGUAAUUGACCAGCAGUGACGUGAGUCACAGUUGAGUCAUCGAUUUGCUGAAGCAAAUUAGUUGAAGUUGGCUGGACACUGUUGCAAGCACGAAGGUGAAAAGUGCCAAAAUAAGUGACAGUAAGAAAAAACUGGAUCACAAGUUUGUGUCUGUUCUUAGAGCUGAUGCCUCUCAGCAGGAUGUUCAGUAAAUAGGAUGACCUUUUUAACAAUUUAAAUCUGUACAUGUGCAGGAUGUUGAGAAAUAAACAAUAAAAUGGGCAAACUGAAUAAAAUGGGUUUUAACUGUCU